AUGGCACGCCGCGCGUCCAAGUCGUCGCCUGCUCGCCCUCGCGCUCUCGCAGCCAGCGCCGACACAGCUGGUGCCCCUGCUAGCUCCUCUGCCGUCAACCGGCCGUGUGGUGCGCCGUACACGCGAGCCAGCAAACGUCUCCAGAAGCGCAAAGCGAGCGACGCCCCAGUUCCCCCAGCUAGUCGCACGGCACCGAGCGAAGGAUCGUCGGUGGAGGUCGGCCCCACGGGUGAUCCAGCGGAGCUCGUCGUCGCUUCCCAGUCGUCUCCAGGAGCGAACGCAAAGGGGCAAGAACCGGCACCGAGACGCCAGGCCCCAGGCAAGCGCAAAGCUCGGAAGACGGCCGACCAUCAAACCGCAGCGCUGUCCAUUCGGCGGUCACGCUGGCGGCGGAUCCACCAUCAACGACCGAAGGUGAUCAGGAGAACUAUCCUGCAGCCCACGCUAUCCAACCGUCUCCGUCGACUGGCCUCUCUGACGGCUACGCCUCAGAAGAUGGAGAUUUCCACCGGGAUCCAACUCGACGGCGCGCGCCAACUCCGGCGGAGUCUGCCGCUUUCCAUGAUGCUGGCCGCAGACAUCAGCGUCUGUGCUCGGACACUCGUACUAAGACCCUCACCGCCGCCUGGGCUUAACUUUCCGACGGACCCGUACCCUAUCGCCACCGGCCCUGACGAUUCCCCCACUUACCAGCUCAAUCGCCCCCUUCAACAAGCGAUGUCGGAGUUCGUUCGUAAGACUGGUAUUUCCCUCCCUCGAUUCGUGGAGCUGUUACGCGGCCAGACGAGCGAUGACUACCGACCUAACAAGACCAUAAUUCCGGGUCAACUCACGGCAAACUGCUCGGAAUUCAAGGAUAUCCCUCAGCUAUUGAAUAUCGCGAAUAACGGUAUCCAGGUACGCCUCACCAAACCGCUACCCCGCCAGGCACACCCGCCUCAGAACCACCCAUCCGCUUGA